CGUCGACGAGGAGAACUGCCUGACGGCCGCGCGCAAGCCCGACGCCGCGCGCCUCUGCCACAUCCCGCGCCCGCAGGACUGCGUCGUGGGGCCCUUCUCCUCCUGGUCCACCUGCCCCAGAGGGUGCGCCGGCGACGACGACGAGGCCGGGCCGGGCCGGCCGGCCAACCAGACGCGCGUGCGCUCCGUGCUGGUGGCGCCGCUGCACGGCGGCCGCGA